AUGAAAAACAUUUCUGCCCUACCAGUCGAUGACAUACCGAAACCUUUACUGGAUACCAUGCAUUUUACAGCUAAUCAUAACGCUAGUCAAGUAGACAAGGAAGGCUAUGUGAAUGACCCGGUUGCUCAAGAUGUGAAUGAAGACGAAUCACUAGCCGAUGAUCGAGUUCCAUGUAGUACAAGUGGACUAGUUGAUGUUAACGGCACUAAUGUUACAUCAGAUGAAAUUAAUCAGUAUGUACGAGAGAUGUUUGUUCCCCGUAAUUCUAAAAAGCUCUCAGUAAAUGGGGAGUUAUGGUCGGACAAACGGCCAAACGAAGAUCUAGUUUAUAUUAUUCGCCACUCCUCAAAACCAGCCAAUGAUAUUUUAAUCCAAGUUUAUUAA